AAGUCAAGCACGCUCCUGUUGGUUGCGCAAACAGAUGACUCAACUAGGAAGAUAUCACAUUUAAUGCAAACUGUCGGUAAUAUCGCAAUGAAGACAGUUCUGGACCUUCAGCAACACCGCGCGCUCGCGUCCGUCUCCUUCCCCGCAACCCCGCCAUAAGCUCCCAGGAAAUCGUCUUCCAUCGUUCAAGAUUAUCCGCAAGUAGCUCCCAGUACAUGACAUGAACGUCGCGCUACCUUUAUGCAUAGCCGCCAUUGGACGAUAGCAUAGGAACGGCCCUGCUACAGCCUCGAUGGCUUGCCGUACCCCGGAAAGCCGGUCCUGGACGGCCUGGUAUAUAGCUUUCAGACGCUCCGUCAUGGAGCAAUUGAUCUUUUUCUCAGAUUGUUGAUGCGAUUUCUAUAUGGCGCCUAACCCCAAACGAGUGAAAAUGUCUCCUUCUACUGACCGCAAGCGCGCUGUGCGCAUCGCAGGAUGCUCUGGAGGAUUUACGGAUCGUUCGACUGCUAUCAUGAGGAUGGCGGGUGAUCCAGAGGUUGAUGUUGUGAUGGGCGAUUGGCUAUCUGAGAUGACCAUGACCGUACAUGGUAGUGGGAAAGUAAAGCAGAAACCUGCGAGGAACGCCAAUGGCACGACGAGCCUCGAAGACCGGAAGAAGAAUGCCAUGUACGCCGACACAUUCCUCCAGUGCCUCGAACCAGCGAUACCAAACUUAGUCAAGAACAAGACGAAGCUUGCCGUGAAUGCUGGCGCUUCAGACACCGAACUUCUCGCUGAAGUUGUAGUUGAUAUGUUGGAGAAAGCAGGUGCUGGUCACCUCAAGGUGGCAUGGAUAGAAGGUGACGACGUGACUGGGCAAGUCAACAGUCUGAUCAAGAAGGGCGAGAAGUUCGAAAGCUUGAUGCAUGGCAAGAAGCUGGAGGAAUGGGGAAUGGAGCCAAUCUGCGCACAGGCGUAUUUGGGUGGACUCUGCAUAGCAGAAGCUUUCCGACAGGGCGCUGAUAUCGUGCUUGGUGGAAGGCUCGCCGAUGCCGCACCGGUCAUUGGUGCUGCCGCCUGGUGGCACGACUGGAAGAACGAUCAAUUUGACGAACUUGCCGGAGCGCUCAUCGCGGGCCAUCUUGUAGAGUGUUCAGCCUACGUUACGGGAGGAUAUUACUCUAUGUUCAAAGAUCUCAUGAAGACUGGCAAGCACAUCAACAUGGGCUUUCCUAUCGCAGAAGUCGAAUAUGAUGGCACCUUCAACAUUGCGAAGGAGAAAGAUACCGGAGGUUGCGUGACUGUCGGAACAUGCACUUCACAGCUGCUAUACGAGAUCCAGGGACCGCUAUACUACAACUGCGAUGUCACGGCCGACAUCACGGACGUCAAAAUGGAGCAGUUAGGUGAGGAUCUCGUGCGUGUCACAGGAGUCAAAGGGCUUCCCCCGCCACCGACGACCAAGGUAGGUAUUACUGCUCCAGCCGGCUGGCAAUGCGAAUGGCAUAUGUUUGUAUGUGGUCUCGAUAUCGAGGAGAAGUGCAAGAUCACUGAAGAUCAGAUCCGCUAUGCCAUGGGUGAUAACGUAAACCGCUUCAAGACACUCAGAUUCCACCAAAACGGCUCUUCACCAAUCGACGCCCACAAUCAAGACGUAGCAACCGUCGACUUCCGCAUCUUCGCUCAGACCUCCGAUCCUGAACUAGUACGCCCAGACAUCCCCAACGGCUUCAACCGCUGGUGUCUCGAAGUGUUCCUGCAGUCCGCCCCCGGUCUCUCCCUAUCGAAUGACCUACGACAAAUCGCACCAAAGCCAUACUACGACUACUGGGUCUCGCUCCUCCCCCAAGACCAACUCCCCCUACGCGUCCACACCAUGUACGGCGACAAAACUUCCACCAACCUCAGUCCACCCGCCAUCACAAAAGAGUACCCCCGCCAACAAGCCUCCUACGAAACGUCCUCCCCAGUCGACCUGUCUUCCUUCGGCGAAACCGUUCGCGCACCACUAGGCUACAUUGUAGCCGGCCGCUCUGGAGACAAAGCCUCAGACUGCAACGCUGGCUUCUUCGUGCGCCACGAUGAUGAGUGGGAUUGGCUCCGCUCGUUCAUGACGAUUGAGCGCGUUAAGCAACUUCUGGGUAAGGACGAGUACCAGGGGAAGCCGAUUGACAGGUUUGAAAUUGCGGGGAUUCGAUCGGUGCACUUUUUGUUGCAUGAUCAUCUCAGGGAUGGUGGGUAUAAUACGUGUUCUUCGUAUGAUACUUUGGGGAAGAAUGCUAUGGAGUAUAUGCGCGCGAAGACUGUGGAUCUACCGAAGAAGUUCUUGGACAGAGGUCGUAUUUAGAUGUCGUUGAUCCGAAUGCGAUUGUAUUGUUGUCAUGAAGAUGCAACUCAUGUCGCUGGUAUCUGCGCGCACUGGAAGUGUAAUCAUCUGUUCCUACGGUACCACAGUAACCGUCACUUCUUCCGCCAUCGAGCGUUGCAGUCGACUCAGUGUCACCACCUUUCUACAAAAGCAUCGUUCCAGCAUGACGUAUUACAGGUGAGAGAGACGUCCAUUGCGCUCUUACCUUCCAUAAUAAGCGAGGUCCAAGCUCAGGCGCUACAGAGUCGCUGAGACUUACCCAGAGUCUGAGGAUUGCGACCUCUCUUAUUUGAUGAGGAGUACCUUUUGUGUAUGUGGUGGUUAUGUAUUUCGGGAGUCAUGAGUGGCUCGUCUUGCUCUGUGUCAUCGCAGUACCAUAGAUAGGAUAGAAGGGAACCAGAAUAUCGAAUCGCACGCACCGCAGUGAGUCAACGGUCGAG